GAUGGCAUUUUCCGGUCUACAACAGCAACGCAGUCAAGCCUUGGAGUCCAGUCGUGCAACAUCGAGAGCACAACAUCAGCUCGAGCUGCACAACUUGCAAGCCUCGAAUAUCAAAUAUCAAGCGUGUUCAUGUUGGCUACCGUAUCGCCAUCGGACGGAGAAAAACGCACUGCUGGGCCACAUGGGACUUUUAUUCACAGUGGUGGAGUAUCGUCAACUGCUAGUGGAAGUAGUAGUUGUAUAUCGCAGUCCCAGUCCCUGCCACCCCUGCUUACACGGCACUGGCAGACGCAGCGGUGGGAACGCUCGUGGAGACAAAGCCCCUGCCACCGACUACUAAUCAAUACCUGGCUGGGGAUCUGCUACCACCUAAGGUACCUACUAGCUAGUAUGUGUGUGCAAACGCGAUGUUCGUGGGUCAUCUGAUGCGACGGGGCGGAAUAGUGCACACAUCUUUCUACAAUCAUACGAACUACUGCUAAGAUAGAGCGGAAACCGAUUUGCUACUAAAUAGUAUGGGCAGUGUCCCCUCCUUCUCACCCUCUUUCCAUUCUCCUGCGCUGCCUAUCCUACACCUGUCUCUGUGCCGAGUUUUCAUCUUGUCUCGGUGGUUGCUAUCCUCCGGAGAGAUUCAAUUUAUGCUGCAAGCUGCCACGGUCAGCUCUCAGCAUCUGUCGCCAUCAUCAUCAGCGCUAUAUUCGUGAGCUAGCGCAACCAACAACUUGAGAACCGGUGCGGGUUUCCGCCACAAGUCGUCAAGUCCAAGUCACAUUUCAGAGUCAGUCAGUCAAGCUCAUUCUUGACUUGAUGGAUCCGUUUGAGAAACCCAAACACCUCCACGCCUCGCACAUUCCCCAACUCCAGCGGGGACAAGACUCGUCGUCCUCGUCGCACCCAGCCUCGGACGAAGUCACCGUGACGCACCACGAACACGAACCCUACGAGCUUGACGACUUCUCAGGCCACAACAAAAGAUCCCAGACCAUGGCUCCCUCCUCUCAGCCACAUCCUACCGCGCCAUCCGGGCCGCAACAACAGCCCGGCAUGGACCCGAACCCGAUGACCUCGUACCCCUACCAUUCGGAACACGGCCCGCCGAUCGACAACAUGCUCAAGUACGACGAGGCCGAACAAGACUACCAGCACCACCGGAACCUGUGGUGGUCGCGCGUGCGCCAUCACCUACGCGACCCGUUUGCCGAGUUUGUGGGCACGUUUAUCAUGAUCCUGUUUGGAGACGGCAGCGUCGCUCAAGUUAUGUUGUCCGCCAACGAAAAGUUGCCGGCGAGCAGUCAAAAUAAAGGCGAUUAUCAAUCCAUUUCUUGGGGAUGGGGCAUUGGCGUCAUGUUCGGCGUCUACGUUGCCGGUUGUGCCGGAGGCCACCUGAACCCGGCCAUCACGUUUGUCAACUGCCUGUACCGCAAAUUCCCUUGGUACAAAUUGCCCAUUUAUGCCUUCGCCCAGACGCUGGGCUGCUUCUGCGGCGCCGCCGUCAUCUACGGCAACUACAAGUCCGCCAUUGACGCCUACGAAGGCGGUGCGGGAAUCCGCACCGUGCCAGGUUACUCCGACACCGCGACCGCAGGCGUCUUCUGCACAUACCCGCAACCCUUCCUGACCAAGACGGGCCAAGUGUUUUCCGAAAUCAUCGCCAGCGCCGUUUUGGUCUUGGUCAUUUUCGCCCUCAAGGACGACGCCAAUCUGGGCGCCGGCAAUCUCGUGCCCAUUUGUCUGUUCUUUUUGAUCUUUGGCAUCGGCGCCACCUUGGGCUGGGAAACAGGAUAUGCCAUCAAUCUGGCCCGAGACUUUGGCCCCAGGCUGUUCACGUAUUUUGUGGGCUAUGGUCAUGAAGUCUGGAGCGCUGGUGGCUAUUAUUUCUGGAUCCCCAUGGUUUGUCCUUUUAUCGGCUGCACGUUGGGUGGUUGGUUGUACGACACGCUAAUUUACACGGGCGAGUCACCCAUCAACACUCCCUGGAUGGGUCUGAAGCGAGUGGUGCACCCGAGUAAACAGGGCAUCAAGGAGGCCAUUACCGGCCACCCGGCGGAUAAGCAGGUCUGAUCCAUCGGCAGCCCGAAUCAAUCCCCCCUUGCGCGCACCUUGCACGUGCCGCCUACCUUCCGAAACGACCCAUUUUGACGGCCAAAAGUAGUCCGCCCUGAUUUCUGGGUGUGAUAUAUGUAACACCAGUCUGUUCCAAAAGGCCAUCUAUGCUCUCUGUAUAUGUAUACGAGAUAAGAGCGAAAUAGUGUGGCUGCAGAAAAUCUUGGAUAGCGCAGUACCAUAACAAUGGUUUCCUCCUUUGAGAUUGGGAACCUUUUCUCCACGUGUAAUUGUUAUCAUGAAAGAAUAGUUCCGCAA